AUGGGAAGCACGUACGAUGUGCCGGAGAGCAACGUCGACGUUCUCAUCGUCGGUGCGGGACCGGCCGGUCUCAUGAUGGCAACGUGGAUGGCGAAAUGUGGCAUCAACGCCCGGAUCGUCGACAAAAGAGGAACCAAGAUCUUCAAUGGUCAAGCCGACGGACUGCAAUGUCGCACCCUCGAGAUCUUCGACUCCCUUGGCUUUGGGCACCGCGUAUGGCGGGAAUCGAACCAUAUGUUGGAGAUCUGCUUAUGGAACCCCGACGAGAAAGGGAUCAUUCGUCGAGGCGACCGCAUCCCAGAUACAAUUCCUGGCAUCAGUCGCUUCCAGCAGGUUGUGCUUCACCAAGGUAGGAUCGAGCGGUACUUUCUAGACGAAUUGAAAGGUUGUAGCGAUCUCGAGGUUGAGAGAGGUGUUGUGCCGGUCGAACUUACCAUCGAUGUGUCUAACGUUGAGAAUGUCGGCGCGUGUCCGGUUACCGUCAAGUUACGGCAUUUGUCAGAGGAGGAAGCGACCCCGAAGCAAUCGGCGACAUCUGCAAACGGCCAGGCGGUGCAGGAUGGCCUCUUCCGCAGCAAUCUUACGGCAGAUGACACUGCUGAGCUCCUAAAGGUAACCCAGCUAAGCUCCAAGGCCGAUACGGAAGAGAUCGUUCACGCGAAAUACGUGCUCGGCGCAGACGGCGCCCACUCGUGGGUUCGUGGUCAGAUUGGACUGCGCCUGGAGGGUGACUCGACCGACUACAUUUGGGGUGUGCUUGAUAUCGUACCGAUAACAGAUUUCCCCGACAUUCGGAUGCGUUGCGCGAUCCAUUCUGCCAAUGCAGGCAGCGUCAUGGUCAUUCCGCGUGAGAACAAGCUCGUCCGACUAUAUAUUCAGCUGACCACGACCGAGAAGAUUGGCGAAGGUGGGAGCAAAGCGGACAGAUCGAAGAUCAGUCCUCAGGUAAUUCUAGAGUCCGCACAGCGCAUCAUGGCUCCGUACAAGAUCACGUACCGGAAGUUGGACUGGUGGACUGCGUACCAGAUCGGACAACGCGUCGGAACGAAGUUCUCUGUUCACGAGCGGGUGUUCUUGGCCGGCGACGCUGUGCAUACCCACUCUCCGAAGGCCGGCCAAGGCAUGAACGUUAGCAUGCAAGACACAUUCAAUCUUGGCUGGAAGAUAGCCAGCGUGGUGAAGGGCAUCUCAUCGCGUUCGAUUCUGAAGACGUAUCAGUCUGAGCGUCGACGGAUCGCUCAAGAUCUCAUCGAGUUCGACCGCAAAUUCUCCCGUUUAUUCUCGGGACGCCCAGCCAAGGACGUUAUGGAUGCAGAAGGCAUCAGCAUGGAUGAGUUCAAGAAGGCAUUCGAGAAGGGUAAUAUGUUCGCAAGUGGUAUUGCUGUCGAUUACGGUGCCAGCAUGAUCGUUGCCAAGCGCGGCGAUACCAGUGACCAAGGAGACGGUACCGACGUCUCUGUGAAAGACCCUAAACUCCGCGUCGUCUCAGACCAAUCGCUAGCGGCCGGCAUCGAGGUUGGCAAACGCAUGCCAAGCGUCAAGGUCCUGAAUCAGUCCGAUGCCCGACCAUGGCAUUUUCAGGAGCUGCUUCCGAGCAAUGGCCGCUGGCGUGUCGUUGUCUUCCCUGGCGACAUACUCAAGUCAGAUCAAAAGAAGAAGCUCGGUGAGGUCGGCAAAGCGUUCGAGAGCGCGGACUCCUUCCUCCACCGCUUCACACCUGGUGGCGGUGCGUUCAACGAGGUCUUUGAGAUCUUCGCUGUACACAUGGCUCCCCGACAGUCAGUCACCAUCUUCGACUUCCCGUCAGUCUUUCGACAUUAUGACGAAGUUGAUGGUUACGAUUACUCGAAGAUCUAUGCGGAUGAUGCAUCGUAUCAUGAAGGGUUUGGAAAGAUGUACGAAACUUUCGGUAUCUCGGACAAGGGUUGCAUCGUCAUCCUUCGGCCUGAUCAGUAUGUCUCCUACGUUGGGCCCAUGGAAGACACAGCAGCGGUCAACAGCUUCUUUGAGACCUUUAUGCUUCCUCAGUCGCACAGAAAUGAGCCCCCGGCGGUCGGCCGGUAG